AUGGAUUGAAAGAAGAAAUUCAAGAGCGAGGAGAGCAAACGCAAAUUCUAAGUUAAAAACUUUAUAAAAAAAAGGCUCCAUAUUGAUUCCAACUGCUAAAAGAGAAGGAUUUGGGUCAAUGAACAGAGAGCAGCGUCGGCGGGAAUGCGACGGCUGUGGAACGACGGAGGCGGCGAUGAUACACAACGUCCGAGAGAGAGGGAUUCUCCGGCGAGAAUGCACCGACUGCUUGCUGAAGAGCCACAAUGGCCUCUUCUGUCCGGUCUGUCUCCAAGUCUUCGAAGGCAUCGUCCCUCCUCCCUCCUCUCGCCUCAUCUGCCUUAGCUGUCCCUCCAUUACCCACCUAUCCUGCUCCGAUCCCUCUUCCUCUUCUUCCUUCACUUGCCCUCCCUGCUCCGACCCUCUUUUCUCCUUCUUCCCCGUUUCCCCGUCUUCUCCCCUGGACAAGCAAUCCGCCAAGGCCCUCGUUGCUGCCGCCAAAAUCUCGGCUCUCUCCAUGUCUAAAGCUGAGGCUCUCGCCAAGAACGAGGCUGAUAAGAGGGUCAGAGAGGCAGCCUUCGCCAGGAAGCGAGCCCAAGAGGCUCUCCUCCAUCUUAACUCCCUCGGUUCCACACCCCCUCCUCCUGAUCCAACAACUACAAAUUCGGGUCCGUGAAGAUUGGAUCAGCUCAGUGACAUAACACGCUCACAAGGUGUUUGCUCGAAUGCCUCACCCAGAAAGCUCGGGACUUUGAAUCCUGUCGUCGUUUCCGCUGCCAAAACGAUGCAAAGGAGUUGUGACAUUCACAUAAUGUUUUUUUUUUCUGUGUAAGCGAGUACCUUUCGGAUUCGCUCCGAUUUUAUCGAUUGAACUAUCCAAAUUAACCUUAUUACA